AUGGAGCGCAAGAGGGAUGCCUUCAUGGAUCACCUGAAGAGCAAGUACCAGCAGCAGCAGCAGCAGCUGCAGCAUCCGCACCACAGCCCUCAUCACAACCCGCCAUCACCCUCACCCUCCCACGCCAGCAUGAGGGCUCUUCAGAGCGAGCCUGCACGGGAACAGAGCCGCAGUCCCCGGCAUUCCCAGUCUACCCAGUCUGGGCUUGCUGACCAGGCCGCCAAGCUCUCCUUCGCCUCCGCUGAAUCCCUGGAGACCAUGUCGGAAGCCGACAUGCCCAUUGGGUUCAACCGGAUGAACCGUUUUCGCCAGAGCCUGCCGCUGUCCCGCUCCGCCAGCCAGAAUAAGCUGCGAUCUCCAGGUGUACUGUUCCUGCAGUAUGGAGAUGAGACACGCCGCGUGCACAUCACCCACGAGCUGAGCAGCCUGGACACACUGCACGCUCUCAUCGUACACAUGUUCCCUCAGAAGCUAACAGCAGGUAUGCUGAAGUCGCCCAACACGGCCAUCUUGAUCAAAGAUGAGGCACGCAAUGUUUUCUACGAGCUGGAGGACGUUCGGGACAUCCAGGACCGCAGCAUCAUCAAGAUAUACCGCAAAGAGCCCAUCUACGCUUCCUACCCUGCUGCUGCACACCUGGCUAACGGAGACCUGAGGAGAGACAUGGUGUACUCCUCUCGGGACUCCUCCCCAACUCGGCGCCUCAACACCCUCCCAUCCUCCACAUCCUCAGCAUCCUCUGGCUCCCCGUCCCGCUCGCGCCUUUCCUACAGCGGUGGCCGUCCUCCAUCUUUCGCCGGGUCACAUUCCCCCCAUGAACAGCAACGACAUCCCCACCAUCCCUCAGCUGGCCAUGGUGCCAACGUAGGCCUGACUCCCUCACCCAGUGCCAUCCUGGAGCGCCGGGACGUCAAGCCUGAUGAGGAAGUUUCUGCAAAAAAUAUGGCCCUGAUGAAGAAUGAAGGAUUAUAUGCAGAUCCCUACAGCCUGAUGCAUGAGGGCCGCCUCAGCAUCGCUUCCACCCAGUCGUUAGCCACACUCGGAGACCCCUUUAGCUUCCCUGUUUCCGGUGGCCUGUACCGCCGAGGCUCUGUGCGCUCACUCAGCACCUACUCAGCUGCAGCUCUUCAAGGGGACCUAGAGGACUCCCUCUACAAGCCUGGAGGUUCACUCUACUCUGAUACAUACUCCUCAGCAACACUGGGCAUGGGUUUCCGCAUGCCACCCUCAUCCCCGCAGAAAAUCCCGGACAUGCAGCUGAGGGACAGGGACUCGUACUCCAACUCACCCAGCAGAGCCUCACCUGUCCGGCAGUCCUUCCGAAAGGACUCCGCCUCCUCCUCUGUGUUUGUAGACAGUCCGAAGUCAAGGCCCAGCUCUGGUUCAGAGCCUCUGUGUCUGACAGCUGGACCUGGGGAAGGCGGCAGGGCUACGCCUGGCUUUAGUUCCUCGAUGUCUGGACAAGACCCGGACACCAGCAGAGAUCAACGUCUGGAGCGCAUGGAGGCAAUGGAGAAGCAGAUAGCCAGCCUUACUGGCCUCGUCCAGAGUGUACUGACCAGAGCACCAGACAGUGACAGCACAUGCGGCCUGCUGCGUCUCUGCAUGAUGGCCGGCUGCCCUCCGGACCAAGGGACGGAGUUCUCACGGCCAUUACCUUUCUCUUCCAGCGAGAAGACCGAAACCAACAGCGACGGCUCGGCCACUGGACCUGGACGGCUGAAGAAGAAAGCUCAUACACCAUCAGCAACCGCUAGCUCUGAUGCCGCCACCCCGCCUUCUAACAGCGUCGGCCGCUUGCAGAUGCAGCUCAACCUGCACGGCCUGCAGCAAAACGCUACGGACCUGCGCAAACAGCUCUCUCAGCUACGCAAGACACAGCUGGAGAACCAGGAUUCAGUGCGGACUUUGCUGAAAAGGACAGAGGCAGAGCUGAACGUGCGCGUGGCUGACGCCCUGAGGAAGCAGGAGGAUCCUCUGCAGAGACAGCGCCUCCUGGUGGAGGAGGAGAGACUCAAGUAUCUGAACGAGGAGGAGCUCAUCAUCCAGCAGCUUCACGACCUGGAGAAGUCGGUGGAGGAGAUCCAGAAGGAGUCGUCUGUCACCAAGCUGGUGACAGUGCAGGAGCUGGAGGAGAAGUCGGCUGUUCUGAGAAAGCUGGGAGAAACACUCACAGAGCUGAAAAAUCAGUUCCCGGGCCUGCAGAGUAAGAUGCGGGUGGUGCUCAGGGUAGAGGUGGAGGCGGUGAUCCUGAAAGAAGAGCCACACAGGCUGGACGCUCUUUUAAAACGCUGCAAGAGUAUAACGGACACCCUGGCCACCAUGCGCAAACAAGCAAACGAAGGGGUGUGGAAGAAGCAGGAGGAUUUCUCUAAUCCUUCAUCAAAGCACAACGACGAAUUGCGAAAAUUGUCAGACUUUGACAUCCCUACCAGCUCGCCACUCACUAUCAACGACCUUGGAGGCAACAGUCUGUCCAACUGGAGCCCACACGCAAGCCUCAGCCGUGGCCAUGGGAACCCGUCUGGCCAUCACAAGGACAAUCACCCUCCUGUCCCCCACAAGGGCAAAGCACUGGAGGAGCUGGAGCGUCGCACUGCUGCUGACAAAGCUUUAUCCGUGGAAGUCCGACUGGCAGCAGCGGACUGGGAGGAGAAGCGUGCCAGUCUGACCCAGUACAGUGCCCAGGACAUCAACAGGUUGCUGGAGGAAACUCAGGCUGAGUUAAUGACUAUUCCUGACUUAGACUUUGCUGCCAAGCAGAUCAAGACCUCCUCCAACACACCAACCUCCCAGAAUCCCCCGUGGGCUGGAACCCCAGAGCACCGCGUCAGCAAGCCUCAGCACAAGCUUUCUGGGAAAGAGGGAGGAUACAGGCGUGGCUCUGAUGAGCUGUUAGUACCACGGUAUCGCACAGAGAAACCCUCCAAGUCCCCUCCCCCACCACCAAGACGCAGUUUCCCGUCCUCUCCAGGCAUAACCAGCCGCAGUGGGGAGCCCCUCAUUCCUGGCAAAAGUAUAAAGAAGUCUGAAUCUGAAGAGACUGACUUCCAGAAACCUCACGUGAAGCUGAGGAGGGCUGUCUCUGAAAACCCUCGCCCAGCGUCAACACCCCCCACAGUCGCCUCUGGGGAAAAGGAGGAACGAGAGGAGGACAAAAUUGCUGCUGAAUUGGAGGGUAACCUGUUUGAAAGAGUCCCACUCAGGAUCUCCCUGCCCUCUCACUUUUCUCAGCCUGUUAGCCCACACAGCAGGAAAAGUGUAUCCCUCUGUAGAUUGGACCUUUGGUCCUCUGAGGCCUCAGGAACUGAGGAAAGGCGCUUGUCUCUGGUCCCCCAUAUUGUACUGACAGAGUGUUUGCCGGCCUCUCUGGCCUCAGAGGAGCCUGUCAGAGAUGUAGCAAAUGACCCAGUACAAGAGAGUCCAUCACAAACAGACUGUCAUUACACCGCCUCCCAGACUCAAAUUACAAAAGAAAGGGGUUCAUUUUUAAGCUCUCCUCAGGCAGAGCGAGAGAUGUGUCAUAUUGAAGAGGAUUUAAAGCAGAAAGUUUCCCUGCUGUUGACAGAGCUGGAAGUAAGGGCGGUGUCUCCGAGUGAGGUCCAGGAGCUCAGCAGGGCUACAGGCAAAGCUCUGCAGACUCUGACCAUCUCAGCACAGACUACGGAAGUCUCUGAGGUUCAGCUAAGUUACCGGCCUCUCCUACUGCUCCUCAGAGAGGGAAAAACUGUAAGAGAGGCCUACAAGCUGCUGCAUUCUCUUUUGGAGUCAUCUAAACCUGUGCCCAAACCCAGGUUAAAAUCCUCUACCCACUCAGGCCUGCAGAGCUUCCUGAUUAAGGCUCUAAAGAGAGGGAUAGAGACAGGAGAAAGGGUGCUGACACUUAAGCACACCACUGAAAAUGAGGCAGUCCCUGAUGUACAGAACAGUUCAGACACCACUUGUCUUAAGUCUACUGGAUCAGGCAGCUCUGUGGACAAUUUUUCCAACCAGAGCCAGAGGAAAACAAAGGGAGAUGUCCGACGCAGCACCUACAAGAGGCUUGACAGCUUGGAGGAAACUAUACGGGAGCUGGAGAAAACCUUGAUAGAGAUGAGCGGGCAUCCAACCGCAGAGCAGCUCUACACUGAGACAUCCAGAAGCACUCCUGUACUGACGACAGCCUGCCUGACCUCAGAGACCAGGAAGCCACCAGUCCCACCCAAACCGUCCUCCAUGAGCCCAUCAUCCAUCCAGGGAGGGAACAGCUCCGGUAUUGGGGAGAUUCAACACUCCUCUGCUGCCUCCAAACUGAAGCACCUGCAGCAGAACAGCACAGACAAGAGCAAAAGCAGCAAAAGAGAGGACUUCAUGAAGGUUCAGGGCCAGCAGCAGCAGUGAGCGACCCUUGCGUGUCCGGCCUCUUCGACCUCCUCCUCCUCCUGUUAACCUGAAUGGAGAGCUACACACAUCCAUCUUCCCCUUUUACUGUCCCCCUCCAAAUUCUACACUGAACCCCAGUCUGUGUACGUUAGUGGAAGAGUGAGUUUGUGUGUAUGUGUGCGUGUGUGUGUGUGUGCAAGCAUGCAUGCACGGGCAUGUUUGACUAUGAUGGGAAGGGAAGGUGCGGCAGGGGACAGUGCCCAGUCAAUUUUCAGACUUUUUAACUCUCAUGAUUUCCCCUUUGAUCCCUGAAAACCUCCCCUCCCUCUCCCUGUCUCCUGUGGCCCUGCUCUACUUGAAGGCUUUGGGGACCAACAGCACCAGUGGCAGUGUGGAGUCUUACCUCUCUGGUAUCAAAACGGGCAUUUUCUCAGGCCGAGUGCCCUCCCCUGCAGCUGGAUUUGCCCCCGGCCUGAGGAAAUACCCUCAGGAUGGGUCAUUUCCCUCCUUGACAGCCUCCCCGAGCCAAGCGAAGGCCCUGCUGGCAAGCCUGUCAGCUGCUGGCCUUAGUGCUGAAGCCCUGCUCCUCUCCUCGGCCAUCCGUCAUCACCGCCUUCUACGCGAGCAGCGAGCCUCCUCUUUGCCCUUGCAGAGUAGCCGGUCCUCCUCCCCGACUCCCCCCACUACUCCCUCUCCUUUGUCCUCAUCCCCUACCACUCCGACUCCCUCGCUUUCUCCCUCCUCUCCCACCCCUUUGAGUCCCCUCAGCCUCUCAUCUGCGGUUCUAAAGCGCAGUGGUUAUAGCCUUGACAGCUGCAAGGAGGGUGGCAGCGAGUCUGUGAAGAAGGAUCUGACCCCUGGACACUCUCCAUGAUGAGCAGGAUGAGGACAUUAGAGAACACAAGCACAUCAGAUCACAUCUUGAACCAUGAAAACAAAAACUCACUACAAUAUGGAAACUCACUUCACUCUUUGAACCAUGUUUUGUUUUGUUUUGGGAGUAUUUCAUUUUCUUUCCCUCUACUCAUCCUGGUAUCAGUCUUCAUAUUUCCACGAACAGCACUAUCAGACUGUAAAUGAAGUCACAUUAUUCUCCUCCUUUUUCUUCCUCUCCUUCUUCUUCUUCUUCUUGGAUAAGUUACCCACUCUGAUCUGGCUCCAUUGUUCCUCUGCUGUUCUCCCACACAGUUAUGCUGCCAAUCUACAAGAAAGAGAGCACACAAAUGGGCCUCCCUUCCUGUCAGCUGCCUGCUUAAAGUGAGAUGGUCAGGAUGGUUUACUGACAGUAGCCGUCACGUGUACACGUGUACUCACUCUAUGGGAUGUAUACAGAGUAGAAAUCAUUUCUGUGACAUCUAUCAUAGAGCGUGGAGCUGCAAUAAUCACCAAGUGAGUCCUGUAGUUAUGUGUGUGUUGCUCUCACUUACCUGCAGAAUGUGAACUGAAAAACAAAAGUAGAUGAAGGUUAGUUUAGUGUAAAGGCUGUUUUACUGUAAAAGGGCAUAUAUAACAUCUUCUUUCUUGCAUCGCCUGUGUUUGGUACUCUGACCUGGUGCUAUAUUUUCCCCUCUGUUUGUACACCUUGUGUAAAGAGUUUACUUGGCGGUCUCCAGUCCCUGAUCUCUGACCUGUGCUCUGUUGCAAGUGUACAUUCCUUUAUCUGAGAGCCUGCUUUGGUUUUUGUCUAUGUUUGGAAAUUUAGAAUCAUCCCUACAAAAAAAAUCUUGCACCAAAAAUGAAGAAUAUUGAGGAUAUUUGAUUUAAAAUUUAUUUUACAAUGAUAUUUACAUUGUUGUCAGAAAAGCACAUUGUAGGGUGAAGUCUCAUAACAGCACACUUGUAUUUAAAGUACACCCAGGAGAUAUAGUUGCACAACAGAUGGGAAAAAAAUGUAUACAAUUGUCUAUAUACGUUAUCAAUGUUGAUUUCUCUUGACAAUCAGUAUGUUUCUGUAUUCGCAUCUUACGAGUUGCUCCAGCAUAUUAGCACCUGACUUAAAACACUCCUCCCAAAGACUCAAGCACACACGGUGAUAAAUAUACACACAUUUUAUCAAUCACAUAUGCACUUGUAAAUCUGUUGGCAAAAGCACACACUCUACAACUUUUGUUUCAGCACACCUCGUGUUAUGAUUCAUGUUCUAGUCACAGCUGUCGCACCUCUGAUACAGAGCACUCCGGAUAAAUUUGCUGCAUCAACCAGGACAGGAUUUCACCCUUUAACGUGUCUGAUCUGCAGUGACAGAUCCAGGAGUUUCUUUCAGGAUGUUCGUUUCUUUUGAACUUCAAAGGUUCUCUUCUGGGAUGCCGCUCCUUAAGUUUCAGCAAUUUGCUGGUCUUGUUUUAAAACACUGUAACUUCUUUGAACAAGAGCAAAAAUACAUCUUUUACAGAAGUGGAACGAUCGCACUCGAACAUCUCUGAUGCCAUUUUUACUUUUGAGCUUCGCUCUUGAAUGGCCUGAGAGGAGAAUAAUAUAGUACAGAUUCCUGUUAAAUAGGCACUCUUUUGUCACCUCUUAAAUCUGGUUAACCAUGACAAGCACAAAGCUUCAAAUGUGUUCUUAGAGGAAGGAAGGUACAUCCCUACACAUUUGUUACCAUUAGAUGAGCAGCAUUGCUGUUUGUUACCUUCCUGUUGAAACAUAAAACCUUCUGAAUGUUGGCUCUGUAGUUGGCCUUCAGAACAGUAGUUGAAGUUAUCAUUAUUUAAAAGCACAUCAAAAGCCUACCAGUGAUUCCCUAAGUGUUUACUCUGCACAAGGAACCCUUUUGAAGCUCACUUUCCUGUGUAGUCGCCUUAAGGCUGCCCACUGGGGGAGGUGACGAGGUUGAACAGACAGUCACAGACAAAGUGAUAUUUUUCUCAGUCAUUCACCAGAAGACUGUGUGAAAUCAAUUCUUUGUGGCAUCGAGAUUAAAACAUGUGCAAAGGAGCUUGUGUCAAAGUGCAGGCAGCUUGAGGAGAGGGGAUUAGUUUUGGGACAUGUGUUUGAAGGCUACUCUAAUAAGACUAGCUUUGACUUGCCUCCCUUCCUUCCAUAGAGGGGCUUGUGAUAUAAAGACCCAAAGAGAUGAGAGGAAGUGUCUGACAGUCAUAGAGCCAAUAAGUGGAUGUUCUUUCCCUGCCCCUUUCACUUUGCUUUGUCUUUGGUCUGUGAAAUGAAAACCACUCAGUCGAGGUUAUCCUUGGAUAAAGUUUAAUGGGCCUCGAUUCAUGAACAGUAGCAUUGUGCAAUAUGUAAUUAGCACUCAUGCAUUUAACCAAGGUAGUGCUCUUUGCCUUUGUGAAAGGCCUGUUUGUUUGCAAGGACCUGUUACCAUGUUUUUCCCAGUGCCUCGAAGACUUUGUUCUUGCCAGAAAUCCCCAGUUGAUCUUGUAUUACAGUAUUAGAUCAGCAGCAAUGACAGAAUUACACUUUUACCCAAAGAAGAGUCUGCGGGAAUGGAUUGUUUCCAUUUUUCACAGAAAAAGAAAAGCACACUUGAAAUGCAGAGUGUGUCAAGUUGCAACGGCGGCAUUUGACUAAACACUCCCUGAGCUCUUACAAUGUGCAAAACUGCAAGCUCACAGCACAGCGGUUAAGCCUCACUGUGGGCGCUCUGUAGCUCUGCCAGGCAGGUUCAAGCCCUGGGUUUCAUAUUGAGUGAAGUCAAAUGAAAGAAAUUCACUUACUCAUGCUGUUCCACACUCAAUCCAUAACUCUCGGAGUUAAAUUUGCUGCAAUUGCGUCUGGUGAGCGUUGGGAGGAAGUGUUCACGCUUGGCUGCUUUCCCCAAGUUAAGUCUGAGAUGAAACCUCAGAGAAAUGCGUGACAGUGCUCUCUGGAAUAAUAUUUUCAAGACAAGUGUUAGUGGGCUGAGAUUUUCAACAUGGCUGGAGGCUUAGAGGGCAUGUUAAGACACUCACAGUGGAUGCCCCUGGCAAUCAGAAAAACUUGUGCAAACUUGAAAUCAAAAAUAGAAGAAAUAUAACUAUAAAUAUAUCUAAGUGAGAUGUUUGUGUAUGAUAUAAUAAUUGUGAAGAAAAGUGUGAUAUAUAUAUAGGCCUAGAUUAAAUUAUAUACUGUAAAAUGUCAUCAUCUCUUCAGUUUUUAUAUAUUAGUGACCAUUUUGUACAGAUUUUUCUUUUUUAAUUCAUUGACAGAGAAAUUACAUUUCACACUAAGAUUAUUUAUUCAUACACAGAACAUUUUAUAUUUGUUUAAAAAAUAUCUGUAUAGAUACAGUUACCCUCUGUAAUAUAAACUGAAGUUCUUUUUUUAAUUCUAGGAUUUUCUUUAUGAACACUGAUUUGAAUUUAAUGUAAUUUUGAUUUAUGAAAAGCUUGUCCCUGAAAACGCUUGUCCGGCUCGUCUACACCUUUGCCUCCUUAUGUGAAGGAUCACUACUGCGGUGUGAGAGCCUGGACCAGUGCCUGUGCUAAGGGGCUUAUUUUGCUACUGUGUUUCUUUUUGUUUUGGGGGUUUGUUUUCUGUACCUGUGGUCUGUUUGUAUCGUUUCACCCCAAUCCUGUGUUUGUGAUUCAGCUGGUAUUAGUGAGCAGGGGAUGGAUAGAACAAGACGUAAUGUGGGUACUACUGUGAAAGGUCAGGUUGUGCUUAAAGGCUUUACAUUGAGCCGUGCUGCUUUGGCAAAAGAAGUAUAUGGCUUAAUAUUCCUCUGUGUCAUGUUUGCAUGGGACCUGUGGUAGCAAUGUGACAUAUUCAGAGACAACAGCCUCUUAAUCUUCACGACAGGUGGAAAGUACAUUUGUUGCUUACUCAGCUCCAGCUGUUGGAUCAUGGGGCUCUAAGUAGCAUUUUAAGCUAAACACAGAAGACGUUCAAACCACUAAGAUGGAUCAGUGAGGGAAUUAUGUAGAGGUGUAUGAAUUUAAAGAUGUAUCUCCUCUUUGCCAUUUUAUCUUUUUUUAUAAUGAACCUACAUUCUAUAGUAUGUAUAUGAGAUUUUUACAUGAAUGUGUGGAUGUUCAAAAAUCUUGGCAUCAAAAGUAGAAAAACAAAAUUGAAUUGUAAAUAUGCCGAGUCAUUCCUAGCGAGUUCAACAAAUUGUUAUGUCCAAAAGAUGUUUUAAUACUAAACUAUGGCGAUGGGUACAAAGGUAUAUACAAAACAAUGCAUGAAUAGUCUCAAGCAAUCGCACGGUGCAGUCGAAAAAAAUGUUGUCUACAUGUUUUCUGCAGAAAAUGAGAAAGAGAGAAGAGAGAAGUGGUUUCCAAACACUGAAGAAUGAGACAUUAUUUUGGUAUCUGUGACACAGGCAUGUUCAGUCUUACUGUGAUGUUAUGUGACGAUGGAGAUGAUGAUAGUGGCCAAGAGUGUUGAAUGUCUAGAAGGAUUCAGAAUGCUUGAACGCACCCCAACCAGAGACGUCACCAGUGAUGGUGUCCUCUUUCCACUGAGUGAUUCUCCCACUUGUAGAGUAGUGUGAUAUAAGAACAAAAAUAAUACAGAAAAUAGAUCUAUGAUAUAAUGAUAUAUAAUUUAAAGCCUACUGAUACUGGAGAUACUAAUUUAUCAGUGUGGAUGCCAUGAUAUUCUGUGAGAAAUGUGUGUGUUUUUCCCUGUGAGAAGAUAGUCGGCAGUUGACUCUGCCUUCUUUUGUACAUAAUUUGCUGUGAUUGUGUGUCCAAUAAAGUGCAGCUCUCUUGUA